CCACCUGUGUUCCUGACGGAGCAGAUAGCAGUCUGUCCAGGCACCUACUGGUGUGCCAAGCAAGGGGACACUUGCCGAUGCAACGGGGAGAUUACGUACGCCUCGGAGCUCUUCAAUGGCUUCGCAUAUACGGUUCCAGCUACGGCAAAGGCCUACAAAGUGGCUUCCAACUCAUCUUGGAAGUGUGGGACGGACCAAAGCGGAAAGCCCUUCCCUGCCGAUCCUGCGCUGGGGUGGCGCUUGAAGCACUGUUGGUGUACACCUCAAGGCAUCCUGGACAUUGUGAGGAAGCACAAUGCUUCGAGUCUUCACAAGAAGAAAUGCUCCGAGCUGGCGAAUUUUGACUUCCAGCAUCCAGGCCCCCAGCGCUUGCUUCGGAAACCACAGGUAGAAGACGAGGACGAGGAGCUGACCGAGAGCGAGGAGAAGGCGGAGGAGACACCGGCCCGGCGCCUUGCCACGGGCUCCGACAACCGUCGACGCACUUUCAGCUACGCGCCCUGGGCCCUUGUUUCUGUUCCGAAGCAUAGCUUCGAGGGCGAUCAGGACCGAGACGGCGACAAGCAGCUCAGCUGCGCCUAUGAGUUUGGAGUGCCGGCGGCUUCCUCAGCAAUGUACGAGUCUGACGGGCCCUACAAAUCCGCGGAUGUUUGGAGGGCGGAGGACGUCGCGAAGAAAUGGGGAAGCCUCUCGACUCGCCCCUGCUGGGUAAGAGUACGCAGCGAAGCCGGAGAACGUUUGGCCGAUUGUGCGCUGGCCCUCGACGAACCUGGCACACUGACGGACGAGGCAACGGCAAAAACUCAGCACGCCUACCGCUGGCUUUGGAUUUCUCUUGGUCUGGCGGUGUUUUGCACCGGUAGCUGCAUAUUUCUGCUGGUCCAGCAUGUACUUAAUGUACAUUUCUACCAAGAGAGAAGCACUGACAGCAGGCAGGCAAGAUCUGACCAAGAGCACCUUGUUUCACAGAGUCUUUAG